CCGCGUGCCCAGCCCCCAUUGCCCCUCCCGCGGCUACGCAGCCACGAACAUACCAGAAACCUGCACACGCAGACGCAGACGCCCCGCAACCAGCAGAGGCACCCCGCCCGCCCGACACUUGCGCCACCCCCCUCCCAUCCAUCUCGCCAAAACCAUCCAUCCAUUAUUAGCCAGAAGAAGAUGCUGUCGUCGUCGUCGUCAUCGUCCGUCCCCCGUUGAUCUCUCUCCGCCCUCUUUUAGCCACACUCGGGAACACACCGCGCGCGGUCCGCGGAGGAGGAGGAGCUAGCUAGCUCUCUUGUCUGGUCGUCGACGCAGCGACGUCCGCUCGCAUAGCCGUCGGAGGGAGAGAGCAGGCUCAGGCGGCCGGCCGGCAUGGAGGGGAAGCACAUGGUGAUGUCGGCGGUGGGGAUCGGGAUAGGCGUCGGCGUGGGGCUGGGGCUGGCGUCCACGCCGUGGGCGGGCGGUGGGUCCGGAGGCCCGGCGCGGGCCGGCGUGACGCUGGAGCGGGUGGAGCAUGAGCUCCGCCGCCUCAUCGUCGACGGCAGGGACAGCAAGGUCACCUUCGACGAGUUCCCGUACUACCUCAGUGAGCAAACACGCGUUGUGCUGACGAGCGCCGCGUACGUUCACCUGAAGCAAGCAGAGAUCUCCAAAUACACCAGGAACCUUGCUCCGGCCAGCCGUGCGAUUCUGCUGUCAGGCCCUGCAGAGCUCUACCAGCAGAUGCUCGCCAAGGCGCUCGCGCACUAUUUCGAAGCCAAAAUCCUCCUGCUCGAUCCUACAGAUUUUCUCAUAAAGCUUCAUGGCAAAUACGGCACCGGUGGCAGCGAGCAGUCUGUUAAAAGAUCCAUCUCCGAGACGACUCUUGAAAAGAUGUCUGGAUUACUCCAGUCUUUUACGAUGACUCCACAGAAGGAGCAAUCCAGAGGAGGUAUGCGUAGACAAAACAGUAUGACCGACAUGAAAUUAAGGAGCUCUGAAAGUACAAGCAGCAUGCCCAGGCUCAGAAGAAAUGCAUCUACUUCAUCCGAUAUGAGUAGCCUGGCAUCGCAAGGCACUCCAAGUAAUUCAGCUCCUCUCAGACGUGCUAGUAGCUGGACUUUUGAUGAGAAAAUGUUGGUACAAGCAUUGUACAAGGUUCUGCAUAAAGUAUCUAAGAAGAGCCCUAUUGUCCUCUACAUACGAGAUGUCGAUAAGUUCCUUCACAAAUCCCCCAAAAUGUUUCUCUUGUUUGAAAAACUACUGGCCAAGCUUGAAGGACCAGUGCUACUUCUCGGCUCAAGAAUUGUGGAUAUGGACUUUGAUGAUGACGAGCUGGAUGAUAGGCUAUCUGCUUUAUUCCCAUAUAACAUAGACAUCAAGCCGCCCGAAAAUGAGAAUUGCCUUGUAAGCUGGAACUCCCAGUUAGAAGAAGAUAUGAAGAUUAUUCAGUUUCAAGAUAAUCGGAACCAUAUCACGGAAGUCCUUGCAGAGAAUGAUCUCGAGUGUCUUGAUUUAGGCUCAAUAUGCCUGUCUGAUACAAUGGGCCUUAGUAAGUAUAUUGAGGAGAUUGUGGUGUCUGCAGUUUCUUACCACUUGAUGAAUAACAAAGACCCAGAGUACCGGAAUGGGAAAUUAAUUCUAUCUGCUAAAAGCUUGUCCCAUGCAUUGGAAAUUUUUCAAGAGAACAAGGUGUGCGAUAAGGACACCAUGAAGUUGGAAAAACAUACUGACGCUCCAAAGAUUGCUGAAAAGGGAAUUGCUCCGACUGCUGCAAAAUUGGAAACAAAACCUGCAACUUUGCUGCCACCAGCAGCUCCUGCUGCCGCUGCUCCAGCUCCUUCUCCGGAGAGCAAACCAGAACCGAAGAAACCAGAGAAUCCACCUCCACCUGCAAAACUACCAGAAGUGCCUCCAGAUAAUGAGUUUGAAAAGCGCAUCAGACCAGAAGUGAUACCUGCAAAUGAAAUUGGAGUUUCAUUUGAUGAUAUCGGUGCAUUGGAAGAUAUCAAAGAAUCCCUUCAAGAGCUUGUCAUGCUACCUCUCCGGCGGCCUGAUCUCUUCAAGGGGGGUCUUCUAAAGCCUUGUAGGGGUAUAUUACUCUUUGGUCCUCCUGGAACUGGCAAGACGAUGCUUGCCAAGGCGAUUGCAAAUGAAGCUCAAGCAAGUUUCAUCAAUGUAUCGAUGUCUACUAUCACAUCAAAGUGGUUUGGUGAAGACGAAAAGAAUGUUAGAGCAUUGUUCACUUUAGCAGCUAAAGUAUCGCCCACUAUCAUUUUCGUCGAUGAGGUUGAUAGCAUGCUUGGGCAGCGAAACAGAGCCGGAGAGCAUGAGGCGAUGAGGAAGAUUAAGAAUGAGUUUAUGACACACUGGGAUGGUCUCCUGUCAAGACCAGAUCAAAAAAUUCUUGUUCUUGCUGCGACCAACCGUCCUUUCGAUCUUGACGAGGCUAUCAUCAGAAGGUUUGAGCGCAGAAUCAUGGUCGGCCUGCCAUCGGUGCAAAAUCGGGAAAUGAUUAUGAGGAGGCUUCUGUCAAAGGAGAAAGUUGAUGAAGGACUAGACUAUAAGGAACUAGGAACCAUAACUGAAGGAUACAGUGGCAGUGAUCUCAAGAACUUGUGCACAACGGCGGCAUAUCGCCCUGUGAGGGAACUGAUCCAGAAGGAAAGGAAGAAGGAACUGGAGAAGAAGAAACUGGAAAAAGGAGGCACUCCACUAGAUCCUUCGAAGAUGAAAGAAAAAGACAAGGAGAUCAUUCUGAGGCCAUUAAACAUGGCAGAUUUGAAAGAAGCAAAGAACCAGGUGGCGGCGAGUUUUGCUGCUGAAGGUUCCAUAAUGGGUGAGUUGAAGCAAUGGAAUGAUUUGUAUGGUGAAGGCGGCUCGAGGAAGAAGGAGCAGUUGACAUACUUCCUCUGAACACUAAGUGUAUGAACAUAAUUUGGAAAGUAGAAUAGAUGGCAAACAACUACGAGAAAAUAGGCCGGUUACUUUGUCAAAACACAUGAAAGGACAGUCUAUCGCCACGUAAACUGUAGUUUGCCUGUGUUUGGUUGUUGUACUUGUACACUAAUAAUGAAUCUGCAGAGCAGAGCAGAUCCUUUUGAUUUUGUUCUUUCUUUUAGUUUUGCUCCUUUUUGCGCAUCUCUCAAUCUCCCAUGUCUUUUGUAUAGGUAGUUCAUACUACUUGGUGGUAGGUUAUGGUUGGCCGCAAAACAGUAUCAGCGUGCCAGUUUUCAGGCACCUGUUUUCGGUAUCCAGUCUUCCAGUAUGCUUCCCGUAAAUCUAGUGAAACUCUUCAGCUAUCUUUUUGUUUGAAAUGAUUUCUAGGAUUUCUUCUUGUACUGUAAAUAACCAAUCUCUCGGAGAUUUACAGACUUAAUCCUUUUACUCUGAUACUAUUGUGUGCCAACGAUACACUCUGAAUAUAUAGCACUGCUGAGAUCAACAUGUUUUAAUAGCACAAAAGGUUGUUUUGCAACAAUGCUAGUAGUACAAUAGAAACGAUCACAUUGACAUCUAAAGCCAAACGAGUUGAUAAACAUCAUCAAUACUCCAAAUUGCAGCAAUGCAAGUAGCAAAAUCAGCGUCUAGAAACCGUACCCAUGCGACAUUUAACAGAUCAAAAA